GCUGCAGCCGCCGCCCCCGCAGUCGCCGCCGCCCGGGCCCGCUCCGACGCGUGCUUGCUCCGCCCUCGGCAGCUUCCGUCUACCUGUCCCCUGGAGACGUUGCCGGCUGCUCCAGGAUGGGCGAGUUCAACGAGAAGAAAGCCACAUAUGGCACUGUCUGCCUUAAGUAUCUGCUGUUUUGCUACAACUGCUGCUUCUGGCUGGCCGGCCUGGCCGUCAUGGCAGUGGGUGUCUGGACCCUGGCCCUCAAGAGUGACUACAUCAGCCUGCUGGCCUCUGGCACCUACCAGGCCACAGCCUACAUCCUGGUGGUGGCCGGAGUCGUCGUCAUGGUUACCGGCGUGCUGGGCUGCUGCGCCACCUUCAAGGAGCGGCGGAACCUGCUGCGGCUGUACUUCAUCCUGCUGCUGCUCAUCUUCCUGCUGGAGGUCAUCGCGGGCAUCCUGGCCUAUGUCUACUACCAGCAGCUGAACGCAGAGCUCAAGGACAGCCUCAAGGACACCAUGACCAUGAAGUACCGGCAGCCUGGCCACGAAAGGGUGACCAGUGCCGUGGACAAGCUGCAGCAAGAGUUCCACUGCUGUGGCAGCAACAACUCGCAGGACUGGCGGGAGAGUGCGUGGAUCCGCUCAGGGGAGGCCGAGGGCCGCGUGGUUCCUGACAGCUGCUGUAAGACCGUGGUGCCCCACUGUGGGCAGCGGGACCACGCCUCCAACAUCUACAAGGUGGAGGGUGGCUGCAUCACCAAGCUGGAGACCUUCAUCCAGGAGCACCUGAAGGUGAUCGGGGCCGUGGGCAUCGGCAUCGCCUGUGUGCAGGUCUUCGGCAUGUUCUUCACUUGCUGUCUGUACCGGAGCCUCAAGCUGGAGCAUUACUGAGCCGGGCCCGGCUCCCCGCCAUGCUGCAGCUGCCCUACUACUGAGCUGACACUACUGAUGGCAGAGGGCCCAGGCCUCCCCUCUGCCCCCGCCCCCACAGGUCACACCCUGUGUGGCCCAGGGUCUUCACGUGCCUUGCAUUGCCCCCAGGCCCAGGAGGCUGGCCUGGCUGAAGACCCCCUUCCUGCAGGCUGCCUCAUGGGAUGGGUCCCUGCGGACCUGGGGAGGCUGGGGUGACUCCAGGGUGCUGGGCCCAGCCCCGGACCUCUGCCCCCUCCAAUGGGCUGGCAGCCAGAGCCUUAUACCCGGCGGCCCCUCCCCAGACCACAACGCUGGCAUCUGCUUGCACAUCACCCCCCACCAGGUUCCUGUGGGGUCACUGUCUGCUGUCCCACCCACUGCUGUACUGGUGCCCAGGGCCCCUCCUGUUACCCACCAGGUGCUUAAUAAAGCGUGUGGAGUGAGA